AUGCGUGUCCUCGGUCUCGUCACCGUCGCGUUUGCGGCCCUGUCCGCCGCCCAGCAAUGGGGACCAGUGCCUGCGGCCAACAGCACCAUGGUGCAGAAGCAUAUGCUCGCACGGUCGAAUAUAAUCACGGUGGAGAAAAGACAGCGACAGGAUCAUGCAUUCCGACAUAACAUGUCGUCUGUCGCGCGCGAAGCGGACGCCAUUGUACGUGCCAUUCGACAGGAGGAAAUCGACCACUACUGGCGUCACUACGCGGAGCCCGGACAUGAGGAAGACGAGCGGUUCGCGGGGAUGAUGUUCCCACUGGCUAAGCCGUGGGUAGCGGGGACAAAGCUGUGGCAGAUAGUCAAGCGUAUGCCAAAGGGGGCAUUACUGCAUGCGCAUCUGACAUCCAUGCUGCCGUACGACGUGCUACUGGAGACGAUCUUGCACACGGAGGGCAUGGUGGUGAGUUCGUCGCACAGUCUCGAUACCGAGGAUGGUCGCGAAAACGCCACCAUUGCCUUUUCCCAUGUCAAUACCACCGUGCCGAAAGGCGCGUCCAUCGCUUCAGCGAACUACAAGGCUAACACGAAUGUGCUGGUGACUGACGCGGUGGCAGAUUUCCCGGGCGGUCAGAAUAAAUUCUUUGACUUCGCCAAAUCCAAGAUGGUGGUCUUGCCGGAGGACUCGGUCCAGCAUGAGCUCGGGGUGGACGAGAUCUGGCGCAAGUUCCAGGCUUUGUUCGACCCGGCGGGCACGAUGUUGACCUACGAGCCGAUAGUGCGCACAUUCUACCAGCGGCUGUUCGAGCGACUGGUGGACGACGGGCUCAACUGGGUGGAGAUCCGCGCCGGGGGUUCCAGCGGUAAGCUGGUGCAUGAGGGCGAUGAGGAUCCGGACCCGGACUUGGACAUCUGGUGGAAGGUGAUGGAGGAAGAGCUGCAGCGGUUCCAGGCCACCGAGAAAGGGCGACGAUUCUGGGGGGCACGAGUUAUCUGGUCCGACUGGCGCGGCAAUAACCAGGAAUCACUCGUCAGAAGCAUGAAAAUUGCGCUACAGCGCAAGCAAAAGUUCCCCGAGCUGUUCAGCGGAUACGAUCUAGUGGCACAGGAGGAUCUGGGUCGCACGCUGAUGGACAUGGCGCCGGAGCUACUCUGGUUCCAGGAGCAGACACAGCUGCUGAACGUCUCUGUGCCCUUCUUCUUCCACGCGGGCGAGACGCUGGGCGAUGGCAACUCGACAGAUCUGAACCUGGUGGACGCACUGGUGUUUGGCACGCGUCGUAUCGGUCACGGCUUUUCCCUGUACAAGCACCCACAUCUAAUCGAGGAGGUCAUCCAGAACGGAGUCAUGGUCGAGGUGUGCCCCAUCUCUAACGAGGUGUUGCGUCUCGCCACAGAUAUUCUACAUCAUCCGCUGCCGGCUAUGGUAGCCCAUGGUGUGCCCACGGCGAUCAGCAACGACGAUCCGGCGAUGCUGGGACAAGACUCGGCGGGAGUCAGCUACGACUUUUACCAGGUGAUCCAGGGGUUCGACAACAUCGGGCUAGGGGGACUAGGGGCUCUGGCAGAGAACAGCGUUCGGUGGUCGCAUUUUGAGGACCAGUCGGAUGAUGCAUGGAUCGAGGAUAUCGAUCUGGGGGAGAACGGUGAUGGCAUUAAGGGACAGCGAUUGCGAGAGUGGAAGCAGCAGUGGGAGGAGUUUUGCGAGUGGGUGGUCAAGGAGUAUGGAUCGUAG